AUGCGCGCCUUCGUCCUUUCGCUGCUGUUCGGCAGCCUCGUCUACGCCCAGCACAAGAAGUCCCAGGCCGACCGUGAUCUGCAAAUCGAGAUGUUGAAGGAUCCGGAGCUGUUCCCAUUCCCCGAUGUGGUUAACCAGCGUUAUGCCAUGGCCUUCGACGUCCAAGCGAUCGAGCACAUCCUGACGGCGGAGCCCUUCUCCGAGAUGGUCUCCCAGCACAAACCGUCACCUAAUGUGGCCGACGACGAGGCGUACAAGAAGAUGGUGAAGGAGGCCGUCGAGCACACCUUCGACCGGCUGCUCACCCAGUACACCAAGUUCAAGCUGAACACAGACGCACCCCAACCCCCGCUCUUUGUGAAGGAGACGUCGAAGUACCUGGAGAAGGAGCUGGCCGCGCUCGACACUCCCGAGAACCGCGUCAAGCGUUUCCUGGAGUCGUACAAGCCAAGCCACAUUCGCGCCAAGCGACUGGCUGCACCCCAGGACGAGGAGGAGCAGCGAAACCCUGAGGAGGAUCGCGAGAAUAUCCUCGUUCGCCAGUUGAGGAACAUCAUUGGUGACGCUUUCGUCGACAAAAUGCGCACCGAGUUGGGGCAGGCCAAGGAGCACUACGAGCGCGAUGGGCUCAAGGGCGUCCUGGACUUUGCCGUCGUGCGCCCGCUGAACCGCGAGGCUAAGGUCGUCUCCACGGAUCUGCGCAAGAUCCGCGACGCCUAUUCUCAGCAUGGCGUCAAGGCCGCCGUGAAGAUGGCGGGCGGCGCCGACUGCGGCCCCGGCACCGACUGUGGCCCGGUGAUCGAGGAGGCCGAGGCCAUCGUCAAGGAG